ACUGUGGCGCAGGGCACGAAGCGGGAGGGCUGCACCAUCCUCUUCAUGAUGCUCUACUUCUUCGGCAUGGCCAGCUCCAUCUGGUGGGUCAUCCUCUCCCUCACCUGGUUCCUGGCUGCCGGCAUGAAAUGGGGCCACGAGGCCAUUGAGGCAAACUCCCAGUACUUCCACCUGGCCGCCUGGGCCGUGCCGGCCAUCAAGACCAUCACCAUCCUGGCCCUAGGGCAGGUGGACGGGGAUGUCCUCAGCGGCGUCUGCUUUGUGGGCAUCAACAAUGUGGACGCCCUGCGGGGCUUCGUGCUGGCCCCCUUGUUCGUCUACCUGUUCAUCGGCACCUCCUUCCUGCUGGCUGGCUUCGUGUCCCUCUUCAGGAUCCGGACCAUCAUGAAACACGAUGGCACCAAGACAGAAAAGCUGGAGAAGCUUAUGGUGAGGAUAGGCAUCUUCAGCGUCCUCUACACGGUGCCGGCCACCAUCGUCAUUGCCUGCUAUUUUUACGAGCAAGCUUUUAGGGAACAGUGGGAGAGGAGCUGGGUCACGCAGAGCUGUAAGAGCUAUGCCAUCCCCUGCCCCAACAACCACAGCAGCCACCACCCACCCAUGAGCCCCGACUUCACCGUCUUCAUGAUCAAGUAUCUCAUGACCUUAAUCGUGGGCAUCACCUCAGGCUUCUGGAUCUGGUCUGGGAAAACCCUGAACUCCUGGAGGAAGUUUUACACCCGGCUCACCAACAGCAAGCAGGGCGAGACAACCGUCUGAGACCCCUGCCUGCUGGGCCAAGGGGAUGGCGGGCGGCAGGAGGACCCAGGCUCUGCCUUGGGAAGCAGCUCCUUAUCCAGCCUGGGCAAACUUUGGGGACCGUGAGUCACUUCCAUAGG